AUGUCUGAAGACCUAGUUUGGAAGAGGAAAACUCUUCGAGGGCAAAUCUGCCAGCUUAUUGUAUCCAAAGUAGCUGCAAUCUCCUCACAAAAUCUGUUGAAACCAAAAACUCCAGCACAUAGCGACAAGGAUCUGAAGAUUAGUAAAUCAUCGGUGUGUUUUUUGGAUAAGAUUUCUGCACACCGAGAGCCUAAUCCCAAACGCAGAGUUGCGGACCUACCGUAG